AUGGCAGAGCUGAGCAGGGCUGUCGGCCCGUGCCUUGUCGCUCAUUGGGCCGACUUGAUGCUCUCUCGCCGCACAACCACCUUAGCGGCUAUGCAUGUGUUGUAUACACCUGAAACGGAAUUCAUGUGCCACCUGGGAGAGAGAAGGUACAUGCUCGAGCUUGCCGGGUUGUCUCAGCAAGUCCCACCUCGACUCUGCCUUGUGGUCGAUGUCAGAAGUCCCGCUACUUCCUCAAGCUCCUCGUCUCUCCAUCUCGAGCCAACCACUGCCGGCAUGGUAUACGACAAGAGAGGAUCAUUCUCCGGGAAACGUGGAGGGCCAAGUGGCCCUGGACGCAGCGCAGGUGAUUCCGCGCCUAGUCGACCGAUAUGCUUCCACCACAAGCGGGGAAUAUGCAAGUAUGGAAGAUCCUGUACAAAAUCUCAUGAUCGAGACGAGAGAUCGUUACAGCGAGACAAGAGGGUUGACGAAACGCUAGAGCAGCUGGAGGCUAGAGCUAGUUACAACUCCUGGAGAAGCGCUAUUCGGCUACCACCUCAAGGGACUGCCGGCCUAGACAGUCAAUUGCUAUGGGACGAGGCUCUUGCUAUCCUCAACGGAGACGACCGAGACUGCAAGCAGAGUCUUCCGAGAGAUUUGGAAAAUGAAGAUGACUACUUUGGUCGACAGCACAUCCAGGCUCUUCUCUGCGGGCGAGCAAAAGAUGGUCGGCAUCACAGUUUUGUUAAAGUCUCACGAUCAUUCUUCUUAGUUAUGACGCACCCGGCCCUGGUUGACUGCCUUUCUGUGGAUACGUAUGUGGGAAACUUGUACAGUUUCAUUUCGGGAACGAAUGGCACAAGAGCGAUUCCGUUCUUUCAGCACGUCUGCAAGAUCGUUGGGAGCAUUCUCGCCGAUUCCACCAGGAAGACGUCGGUGGACACGAUCGACUCUACCCUAGUUGGUCUCCUCGAAAUUCUCUCGGAACUACUGCAACGCGAGCGAAGAGCCAGAUUCAACGAAAGUCUUCCGGAGCUACUCAAUUAUUUGGAAACCUGUGCUGAGACGAUGCCGCAAGAGUCUCUAGUGACCUCCAGCUUGAUUAGCAGUCGAGUCAGAGACCUCCGCUCUGUCGUUGCGCGUGCAAAUACCCUGCUGUCUACAGAAGACGACGCUGGGCAACAGCACAAGUCGACCACAGUCAUCCAAACAUCUUACCCGCGUGAUAUCAUAAUACCAGGAGGACGCCACGACAAUGACAAGGCCGACAUCACGACAAUGAACAUAUUUCCCACCCGAGAUGAGAUCAUGAGCGACGCCAAGGAGUUCUUGCCUUCGACCGAUCCCGAUCAGCCGCACUUUCUCGACAACAGGCUGGAGAGAUACAUAGACACGUACUUCCGCCUCCUUCGCCACGAUGUUCUAGGCCAGCUGAAAGACGGCAUUGGCAGCUUCAUGAAAACUAUUGUUCAAGAUCCGAAGCAGAUGACAAACCCAAUGCCUGUGUUCAGUGACAAUCAUACCUACAGCUACAGCAAUGCCUUCGUGAGCUACCUGCUCCUCAAAAAGAGUGGUGGCUUGCAGGCAAGAAUUUCCUUCCCACAGCCUCAGUCUUUUCGCAAGGAACAAAGGGCUGAUAAGCGAAAUUGGUGGGAGGAGUCGAGACGUCUGGAAGAAGGCAUACUGCUCUCCUUUGUCUGGAUCCAGGAUUCUUGUGUCCACCACCUGUUUCUCACCGUUGCCGAGAGAAGUACCGACCCAAAAAGUGACAGCAGCCUAACUCACAACGACAAUAUGGCGACUAUCACAACAAAGCUAGCUACGCAAGAUAAGCAACACGUCGAACUGCUGCUGAAGCUGAGCUGCGAGAAGGUUCACGGCGUUAUGCUCGAGUUUCCACACGUGCUCCCCGCUACAUUUACGCUCGUACUGAAGAGUUUGCAACAUAUGCAGCGCUUGAAUCGGAUGCCUUUUCACGAGUGGAUCUUGCCAGAUCGUGUUGAACAACCUGGAAAUGCACUCAAAAUUCCUCCGCCAUUGUACGCUCGGCAUGCUGGGUUUGCAUUUCCUCUCGAUGCCGUUCUCGGUCAUGGCUCGAGUGCCAUGUCACUGCCUUCGACGUCAACGGAUCAGGAUCUCACUCUGAUGGCAGAAUUGGAGACCAAGACGGGACUUGAUCGUGGACAAUGUUCGGCGUUGAUCGCUGCGCUCACCCGAGAAUUUGCCCUCAUUCAAGGUCCUCCCGGGACUGGAAAGUCUUACGUUGGAGUGAAGAUCAUGCAAAUUCUCCAGAGUGUAAAAGCGAGGGCCAAUCUAGGUCCAAUUAUUGUUGUGUGUUACACGAACCAUGCCCUGGACCAGUUUCUUGAGCAUCUCAUAGCUACAGGAAUUCGCAAGAUCGUUCGGAUCGGAGGACAGAGCCGAUCAGAAAUGUUGGACGGCCAUAACCUCAGGAACAUUACAAAGUCCGAGUCGAAAAGUAGACAGGAAGGCUGGCAAGUUGCUAGUGCUUACCGUGCGCUGGAGGAACACGAAAAUCGGUCGGGGCGCAUUUUGGGACGAGUACACGGUGUUAGAAAGCGACCGGAAUGGAGAGCUUUCCGACAUCACCUCGCCCGAAAGCAUCGACGCAUAUGCGAGCAAUUCAACACUGUGGACGUUGAUGGCUUCAAGGCUGUUGGGCGACAUCCUUUCGAAAUAUGGACAUCUGGCAUCAAGCAGGAGGACGUCGCGAUUACGAUAAGAGCGUCAUCGACCAGAGCUUUGGAUCGAACCAUUAUCAUCGAGAAGGCAAACCGGAAUGUCCAGGCGCUCUCGUCUUUCGAGAGGCAGGCACUUGUUGGGAUCUGGACACAAGAAAUUCAAGAAGACGCAGCGGCUGAAUUCUUCGAGGUUGUUGAGGAUGCCGAACAGAGCCAACGCCAUCUCUCGAAUGUCCAUGAGGAGGUGAACCGACGCGUCCUGCAAAGUUCGGACGUGAUCGGUAUCACGACAAGCGGCCUUGCCAAGAACUCCUCGACUAUACGACGUGUACGGUCCAAAGUUGUCAUAUGUGAGGAAGCUGGUGAGGUAAUGGAGCCGCAUGUCAUGUCAGCAUUACUGCCUUCCGUGGAACAUUUUAUCCAAAUCGGCGACCACCAACAGCUGCGACCGUCGAUCAAUAACUUUCUCGACUUGUCCCUCGAAAGCGACCGCGGUAAGUUGCAUCAGCUGGAUCGGAGCCAGUUUGAACGACUCUCGGUCGGCGAGCCCGGGAGACCGUCUAUCCCUUUUGCUCAGUUGAACGUCCAGAGGCGCAUGCGCCCUGAAAUCUCUACAUUGAUUCGAGAGACAAUCUACAAACGACUGGAUGAUCACCCAAGCACAAUGCAGCUGCCCGAUGUCGUCGGCAUGCGCAAGAACGUGUUUUGGCUCAACCACAACAACAUGGAAGAUGACGGUGGCGGCAGCAUGAACCACCAUAAGAAAUCAAAGUCUAAUGGGUGGGAAGUCCAGAUGGUACAUGCUCUGGUACGCCAUGUGGUUCGACAGGGCGUCUACUCUACCAGCGACAUCGCUGUAUUGACACCGUAUACUGGUCAGCUCCAGAGGUUACGCGCAGCCAUGCGCCAUGACUUUGAGAUUGUCUUAAGCGAUCGAGACGAUGAAGCUCUGAUCAAAGACGGAUUCACCGCUCAAGACUCAAUCAUGGAAGAUGCAACUGCCGAGCAGAACAGCAGGAAAAAGCCGCUGGAGAAAAAGCAACUCAGCGAGCUUCUCCGCAUCGCCACUGUUGAUAACUUCCAGGGCGAGGAGGCCAAGAUCAUCAUUAUCUCUCUCGUUCGAAGCAACAAAUCCCGAAAGGUGGGCUUCCUCAAAACCACGAAUCGCAUCAACGUCCUUCUCAGCCGGGCACAGCACGGAAUGUACCUCGUCGGCAACAUCGAUACGUACUCGUGCGUACCGAUGUGGCAAAAAGUCAUCGAUAUGCUUCGUGCUCAAGAUUUUGCUGGCCCGUCUUUGGGGCUAUGCUGUCCUCGACACGUAGACACAGCGAUCCAGGUGCAGCAACCAGACGACUUUCUGAAGUGCAGCCCGGAAGGUGGUUGCCAGGAGCCUUGUAAGGACCGCCUCCCGGAAUGUGGACACCGAUGUCAAGCGAAAUGUCACUCUCGCAUGAUGCAUGAAGUUUUCCAAUGCGAACAGCCCUGUCAACGCCGACAUCAAUUUUGCAACCAUCCCUGCCAGAAGCCCACUUGCGGCGAGCCUUGCGGCAGAUGUGUCAUUCCUGUGGAUAACGUGCACCUCGAAUGCGGCCAUACCAAGGACAGUGUCUCGUGCUUCCGCACACAAGAUCUUAGCUCCAUCGAGUGCGAUGCCAUAGUCACGAAGACAUCACCUGGCUGUGGACACCAGGUGGUGGCACGCUGCCACGAAGAUGUGCACAGCGAAACAUAUAGAUGCUCGACCCCAUGCGGCACAACCCUUCGCUGUGGCCAUACUUGUCCGGGCACAUGUGGCUUUUGCAACCGCAAAAAUCUCGAAGGGAAUGCAACCGUGGAACAUCACAAAUGUACCAGGGUGUGUGGUCGGCAUUUCGGAACAUGCGAUCAUACCUGUCCCAAACGCUGCCAUGAUGGAUCGGACUGUGGGCUCUGCACAUCCAAGUGCGAGGUCGCAUGUAAACACUCUCGGUGCAACCUCAAAUGCCACGAAGCGUGUGCCCCGUGUAUCGAGCCGUGCAUAUGGUCGUGUUCACACCAGGGAGCGUGUACGAUGCCAUGCUCCGCACCCUGCAACCGCCUUCCGUGUGAUGAGCGCUGCACUCGGUUACUUCCUUGUGGCCAUCAAUGCCCUGGAUUAUGCAGCGAAGACUGCCUCUCCGCAUUUUGCCAAGCAUGCGAAAUGAGACUCGAUGCUCACGUCGACAUGAUCGAAUUCAAAGAGUAUGCAAAAAUCAAUCUCGAGGAGACUCCUAUCGUAGCUCUUAGCUGUGGGCAUUUUUUCACCACAGAGACUUUGGACGGACUAAUCGGGCUAAACGACGUCUACGAGAUCGGUCCAAACGGUAACGUCAUUGGUCUGGGAGAUACUUCGUCCAAGUUGUCACCAGCAAUUCCGAAGUGUCCGCAUUGCCAGCGACCGAUCCAGCAAUACACAACACAUCGAUACAACCGCUUGAUCAACCGGGCUGUGAUCGAUGAGAUGUCCAAGCGGUUCAUCGUCACAGGCCAGACUGCACUACAGGAGAUAGAGCGGAGACUUAUCGAGAUAGAAACGAUCCUGCAAGCCUCUCGUCAAGAUGUCGUCCGAGAGAAUCUGGCCUCCGCUCUAAUUGGCAUACGUCAGCGAGGUAUCAGAGAAGUCGCUCAAAAGCUUGUAACACGGUAUACGCCAGCCUUGAAGCUUCGCUCUGACAUCGGAAAACUACAGACACGCACGGGAAAGCACCACCAACCUGCACACAAACUGCACGACGCUACUAUCUAUGCAACAGGACGAAGCAGCGGUCUCGAGAGUGCAUUUGGAGGUCUCAGGCUUGAGCACAUCCCAGUCGUUAGCGAGCGCGAUGACCGCAUUGCACUCAGAACGAAUAUGAUGCGAGUCAGGACGGAUGGCGUGAUCCUGGAAGACAAGCUGCGUCUCAUUCCGAUGGUGAGAGCUGAGUACGGAGAUUCAGCUUCCUCUUUAGCAUUGUUCGAACGCUCUCCGGCACAAGCCUUUUUCCAGUCCUGUGGGAAGCUCGUCGCCGAGUGCAAGGACAAGGCCCUGAAGAGAAUAGCGGUAGAGCUGUCACUCCUCUACGCGCAACUAAUCCGGGCAAUCGACACAGCUGGACUUCGCGAGCCGGAAGACCGCGAGAUGGCCACAAGGGAACGGGACAACGCCAGGAACCUGCUCGAGGAAGCAACGAUACUAUGCGAGCACGGAUUCCACGAUGCAGAGACUCUGCUAGAAGCAGUCAACCAGUCUUUGAAGCUUCUGCGAAAGGAAUGGUAUGCGAAGGUCACAGACCAGGAGCUUGAAGCAAUCAAGAAAGCGAUGGUGAGCGGGUCGAAAGGAAUCGCAACCCACUCCGGCCACUGGUACAAUUGCGCUAAUGGUCAUCCGUUUGCUAUUGGGGAGUGUGGGAUGCCGAUGGAAGUUGCACGCUGUCCGGAGUGUGGUGCGAAUAUUGGCGGACAGCACCAUGUGGCUGUGCAGGGUGUGACUCGUGCGGAGCGAAUGGAGCAAUGA